UUUAAAUAUGGACGAGCUACGUGAAAGAGCAAAGCAAAGCAUUGUGAUGAAGAGAGAGAUAAAGGAAGAAUUGCCCUCAAAAACUCCUGCUACUACUGCCACAACUGCUAACCCCUCUAUAGCCAAGAAAGAACUCGAAGAGGACUCAUUAGUGAAGAGGAAGGACUCCAAGAUUAAGGAAGAAGUAAGUGAUCAUGCAAAAAUUAACGAUUCAGACAGUACUAGGGAGCUAAAGAAAAAGAAAAAGCGUAGUAGUUCUCCGAAACGACAUAAAUCUAGGCAUAGGGACUCUCGUAGGAGAAAGCAUAGAAGAAGACGCUCUAGAUCCCAUUCUUCUGACUCUUAUGAAAGAAGACGUAGAAGAAGAUACCGCAAGCGUAGCAGCUCAAGCGGAUCUAGAGAUAGACGUAGGAGCAGACACCAUAGGAAGAGUAGAAAGUCAAGGAGACAUAGCUCUUCCUCCUCCUCUUCCUCUCAAAGCUCUUCUUCACCUGAAAGAAGAAGGGAAAGAAGUCCUAAAGCUAGUGAUUUGAAGUCCAAGCAUCCUUACUUCUCAAGACUGAGCAAGAUCAGGAGAGAACGACUUAACGAAGAAAGAAAAGAGAGGUUCUGGGACGGCUUCCAAUGGGUUUCCAAAGAGAGCCUUGAGUUGGCCAAUAAAGAUCCAACUGCUCAUAUGAAGAAAAUAUUUGAAAAGCCUCCUACUGGUGAGGAGAAAAAGGAAGAGAAGAUAGUCACAGGUAAAGAUCUAAGAAGAGUCGUGGCUACCAAUCUUCCUCUACAUUAUGGUAUUGACCAGGAAGACUUGUCAAGAUACCUGAUCCAAAAAUGCAAGGAAAAGGGUCAUGACAUCCUUUUCAGAUCUAUCUUUCUAAAUUACGAGCAAAAUUCUGGAAUUAUCGAAUGCAUGGAGAAAGAACAAACUGAUAUUCUUAUAAAACUCGAUGGUGAAGUCCUGGCUGAUAACACUCUCAGGUUUACCAAAGUAGCUGAUGAGAAGGGAUUCAUCUACGGAGGGGAUUCAGAAGCUCUGAUGCAAGACUCAGCUCAAUUGACUGCUCAAGCUGCCGCUAUUGUUAAUUCUAGAAUUAGAGGCCUUCAGGGUAAAGGAAAUACUAAUGAGAAUAUCAAUCUCAUGGGUGAUAGUUUCUCAACGACUAAGCCAUCCAAAAUCAUUAAAAUAAUGAAUGCUCAUGAUAGAUAUGAAGAUUUGUCCCUUCAGAAGUUCCAAGAGAUGUAUGAAGAUAUGUCAGAAAUGAUGCUUCAAUUCGGGCAAUUUAGCGCGCUCAAAAUCAUCCAACAAGACCACCACGACCCUGAUAGUGAAGAUGUUCUUUCCCAAAUUCUCUCAGAAUUGGGCUCAGUGUUUGUCGAAUUUGAAACUGAAGAGGAAGCUAAAAGAGCCAAGGAUGAACUCAAAGGGAAGAUCUAUGACGGAAGAGAAGUCAGAUGCAUCUUCGUGCCUGAGAAAGUUUACUCAUCUUUGAACCUGAAGUAA